AUGGCUGACUUCGAUACGAUUUACGAAGAAGAUGACGAUGAAGGUCCUCCUAGCGAUAGUCAGGAGUUAGUGGUACCCGAUCCCAUACUCGUAAGGGGAGCCGGGAAUGUGACAAUAUUUGGUCUCAGUAACAGAUUUGAUACAGAAUUCCCCACCAGUCUUUCAGCAAAGGUUGCUCCAGAAGAGUACAAGGCCACAGUGAUACGAUUAAACAGUGUGCUGAAGAAGGCCCUGCCAGUCAAUGUCAAGUGGCUCUUCUGUGGCUGUAUUUGUUGCUGCUGUACCCUGGGAUGUUCCCUGUGGCCUGUUGUCUGUCUCAGUAAAAGGACAAGACAUGCAAUAGAGAAAGUUCUUGACUGGGAAAACACACGGUUAUAUCACAAACUGGGGCUUCACUGGCGGCUCAGUAAACAACGCUGUGAUUCCAGUAGUAUGAUGGAAUACGUGCUGCUGAUUGAGUUCCUACCAAAGAUCCCAAUAUUUCGGCCAGAUUAA